AUUUGGGGAAUCAAGCUUUUUUUCCCCUCCCCUCAGACCAUUUACCAUCAAACUGUCAACCUGUAUGAUAACCUGCCAACAUUAUCUGAGUGUCUGAGGAGAAACUAGUCAUGCAGAUGUGUGAAUCCAGGGUGUCCUCUGUCAUCCAGGAGUGGAUGAAUCCAUACCCGAAUCAGGCCCAUGUGACACUCAACCCAACGUCUUCAAGCCCUGCCGGGUCAUCCAAUUUGGUUUCAAUGGACAUGAUAACAUACAGCCAGUCUCAGGGAUUGAGGGGCAGCAGUGAGGACAGAAUGGACGAGCAGAUGAUGGGACUGUCGUACCUGCCGUACACGUCCUCUUGUCUCAGCAGCACCACAAGUUCCGGGAACCCCCACCACAACCAUGGCAGCAAUUUGCAGGAGUUCUCUCCUCCUUUCAUCUUGCCAACCAUGCGUGCCCCGGUGGCCAAGAGGAGCAUCAGCAAGGACAGCGCAGAGUACCGGCUGCGACGCGAGAGGAACAACAUCGCGGUGCGGAAGAGUCGAGACAAGGCCCGUAGGAGGAUCCUGAUGACACAGCAGAGGGCCCUGCAGCUGCAGGAGGAGAACCAGAAGCUGCAAAUGAAGAUCGGGCAGCUCUCACAGGAGCUGGACACUCUCAGACAUAUCCUGUCCCAGCAGCACCUACCGGGAAGUGAAGAGGGGGCCGCAGGGGUCCCCACCGUCUGAGCAAAGCCUUACAGAACAAUAAUCGGCCCGUCAUAUCGUACCCUCACUGGACUCUUCCUUUGGUACAGUGCUCAACACACUGAUUAGACCCCCUGUCAUAAAAAUGAGAAGAGCCCAUCCAGCAUCAUCAAGUGCUUCAGUGGACACUUUCCAUUUCAGGAAUGGACAU